AGGCAGUAUGGCGGCCGUUUCGCUGAGGUGCUGCCGCAGAGGACUUUCGCAGAUUUUAAGCCGCGGCGGGGUCUUUAACUCGCCCCCAAAGCCUUCAGCAGGAGCAAGACACAAGUCCACCGUUCAGUAUGCUACACGGCCAGAUCUGCCAAAGCUAGCCUACAGGAGGGUGAAGGGGAAGAGCCCCGGUGUGGUCUUCCUGACUGGAUAUGGCUCUAACAUGAACGGCCAGAAGGCCGAGGCACUAGAGGAGUUUUGCAAGUCACUGGGGCACUCAUACCUAAGAUUUGACUACACAGGCCAUGGGGCUUCAGAGGGAGUGUUAGCAGAAGGUACCAUUGGUACCUGGAAGAAAGAUGUCCUUUUUGUGCUGGAUGCGUUAACAGAGGGUCCGCAGAUCAUGGUGGGUUCCAGUAUAGGAGGCUGGCUCAUGCUCCUGGCAGCCAUGGCACGACCAGAGAAGACUGCAGCUCUAGUGGGCAUCUCCACGGCAGCUGACCACCUCGUCACAUCUUUCAAUUCUCUUCCUCUGGAGACACGGAAGGAGUUUGAAGAAAAGGGCGAGUGGACGGUGCCCACCAAACACUCAGAGGAAGGUGUGUACAAGUUUAACAUGGACUUCCUUCGAGAGGCAGAGAAUCACUGCGUGCUCCAGAGUCCCAUUCCUAUCACCUGCCCCAUACGGCUCAUCCAUGGGAUGAAGGACGAGGACGUGCCCUGGCACAUCUCCAUGCAGGUGGCGGAGCGGGUCCUCAGCUCUGACGUAGAUGUCAUCCUCCGCCGGCAAGGCCAGCACCGCAUGAAGGAGAAGGAUGACAUCAAGCUCAUGGUGUAUACCAUUGAUGACCUCAUAGACAAGUUGACCACCAUGGUCUGAGCGUGGGGGGAGUGAGAGCUUCGGAGGGCAGAGGGAGCAUGGGCGCGUGGGAGAUGGGAAGGAACUCCUCAAGGAAAUCAACAAACAAUGCCAGUGCUCCUCUCUCUCCCUGCCAAAUAUGAUCCCCUAUUCCAGUUCUUCCUCCUACCCUCACUCCUUCUGUCCCUAGCCAGUUUUCCUUUCUUUUGUUUUUUUCUUGUUGUUUAUUUUCGCAAGCCAUUAUACACAAACUGUAAUGAAAGGAUAGAGGGGAGCUCUCCCUUAUAUCUUCUGGCUGAGUUUUUUCUUGUUCUAGUUUAACGAUGUCAAGUGUUAUGUGUGGUCAACCUUUUCUUAGGUCUGCUGCUGCUGUCUACCAUCGUUCCUUCUGUUCGACAGUUUAUUCCUGUACUUUUCAUUAGACUGUUAGUUUCCUGUGCCUUUUUAUAAAUAUCUCGUUUCACUUGUUUUGGCAAUAAAGCCUCUGCACACCAAAGUGCAGGUCU